GGUUUUAGGGUUUUAUUCAUCGCAGAAACUCGACUUUGAGAGAAAAAAAAAAAUGGAUUCAUACUCUUCGCCGCCGGUGGGAGGUGGUGCUUCGCCUUCGCCCGAAGUACUGAUGGAGCAGGUCAAGACACAACUCGCUCAAGCUUACGCCGAAGAGUUCAUCGAGACUGUGAGAGUAAAAUGUUUUGAUAAGUGCAUAACGAAGCCAGGAUCAAGCCUCGGUGGGAGUGAGAGUAGCUGUAUUUCGAGAUGCUUUGAUCGUUACAUUGAAGCUACUGGAAUCAUAAGUCGUUCACUUUUCACCCAACGUUGAAUCAAUACUACCUCUUAUGUUCUAAUGAUCGUGGUUGGUUUUAUUCAGAUUAAAAAACAAAAUUACAUUGGUUUAAGGUUGAAGAUUUACAGCUAUCAACUUGCAUUCGAGAAUGGUUAUGUUUCUAUGUUGUUAUGUGGUUCAAACUUGUUUUAGUACGAGUUUCAUUGACUUGGGUCAUAUUGUUUUUCUAGUAUAUGCUUAGUAUUAGCAUCGGAACUAUAAUGUCGGUAAGCUCGUUGGAAUGCAGAUUUAUGCAUAAGAGUAUAACUCUGUGUGUAAGUUUCCUUGACAGUUGAGUUCUGUGCCAAUAAUCUUAGCUCUAUCUAUGUAAUGUAUGAUCCGUUCAUGAUC